AUGGUAAAAUGUCCAUGUACUCGUUGUUCUCUAGCCAAAUCUAAGACAAGGGAAGAUAUCGAAGGUGAUUUGAUUUGUCAUGGCUUUUUAAGUUCUUACACAAGUUGGAUAGUACACGGAGAAGAUAUGUGUGUCACGGAAAAUGCAAGAGUACCUUCUGAUAGUGCUCAUGUUGAACUAGAUUCAACUUUCAACCUCUUGGAUGAUAUUUUUCCAGAUAUUAGUGCAAAUAUGAAUGAGGAACAUGAAGAAGGGUUGUCUGGGCAACCUAUGGACACUGAUAGACCAUCAGCUUCAAGUGGAAAUUCUAAAAAAGGAGAAGGUUUUGAUGAGAUGUUUGCUGAUUACAAUCAAGAGCUAUAUCCUGGAUGCGAUAAAUUCACGAAGUUGUCCUUUAUACUGAAGUUAUACCAUAUAAAAUGUAUGUGUGGGAUUAGUGACAAGGGGAUAUCCAUGGUGCUUGAUUUGAUGAAAGAAGCAUUUUCGCAUGCCAAAUUGCCAGAUUCAUUUAAUGACAUGAAAAAGGUUAUUCGCAAAUUAGGAAUGACUUAUGAGUCAAUUCAUGCAUGUCCAAACGACUGUAUGUUAUAUUGGGAAGCUGAUGCAGAAAGGGAAGUUUGUAAAGUCUUUGAGGCCUCUCGUUGGAAAGAUACAAAGAGCACAGAACUAUCUAGAUCAGGAAAAAAGAAGAAGAGAUCUCCUGCAAAAGUUUUGCGUUACUUUCCCCUGAAGCCACGGUUACAGCGUUUAUUUAUGUCAUCAAAAACUGCUGUCCACAUGAGAUGGUAUGGAUCUGCUACUAACAAUGAUGGUAAACUACGACAUCCAAGAGACUGA